AUGUCCACCGGCUCAGUAAGCGACGGAGAGGACAUUGAGACACGUCACAAACGGACUGACGCACCAUUUGAAAGCAACAAAACAAAACGGAACGUUGCACAGAGACGUUACACUUCCAACGAGCGCUCAGACGACGAGUUCGGUACUGACGACGGUUACGAAGUCCAAACCAAGCGAUCGCACGGCACCGCUGCCAGAGGAAAACAACUUCAUCAAAAGGAUGGUCGGCAGAUGCAAAGGAACGCUGCAAACGCCAGAGAGAGGGCGAGGAUGAGGCUGCUGAGCAAAGCGUUUUCCAGACUGAAAACGUGCCUGCCGUGGGUACCGGCCGAUACCAAACUGUCCAAACUGGACACGCUGCGACUAGCAUCUAGCUAUAUAACACACCUCCGACAGCUACUACAAGACAACCACUUCGAGAGCAGCGUUGUACACCCUGUCAGCCUGACUUGGCCAUUUGUGGUAGGUAGAUCAGAGGACAACAAGGACAUCUCUGCAGCCGGACUGUGUGGCGUUAUAUCAUAG